CUGUUUGUAUUCAAAGAUAAACAAUACAAACUUUUGGACUGAUAGCGGCGCUUGUAGUUGGUUCGCCUGCACAAACACCAGUUUUUUGUUAACGACUGGAUGUAUGUUCCAUGUGUGAUGUUUGUGUGUGUGGUGUGUGUGUGUGUGUUAGGGGGAUUUCUGGUCUUCUGGAGAAUUCAUGAGACAGCCUCUUGUCUUGGUGAGAUAAAGAUGGACUUUUUUUGGUGUGUGUGUGUAUCUGUUUGGCGGGGGGAUGACAUGGCCAGGAAUGGACAGUUUAAUUAAUAACCACCAUCCAUUUCUCCCUGACCUCAACUGGUCACACAUGCUCUCACUGACCAGACCCAAGCAGCUAAAUGUUCAUUAGCAAAUAUUGAUUGAGCUGUAGCUCACAGUGUGGAUUUCAGAAAAAAGGCUGGAAAAGAAGAAAGUUAGCGGGCAGAAAUUCAAUAUCAACUGACCGGGAUAAGGAAUAAACAGAGGCUUACUACGACCACUAUCCAGUCCACUCUGCGUUUUCUUAGUUGGUGCCCGACGACCCUCCUGAAUGAAUGAGUGGGUGGGCCCCGACAUCAAUGUGGUGGGACCGCUACAUAUCCCACCCAGCGAUGAAUUCUCCAUCUCAGAAAGCUCCCACUUGUUUGAUAUCCUGGCAGAUCAAGGCAGUCCUCUCCUGCAGGAUCCCGAUAUCUUACCCUUCACUGGCUAUCCCAGCAUGCAGUAUUCGUCCAUGGAGCCAACCAUGUCUUCCACACCAUACUACUCCAGUCAGAACUACUACCCUCAGUACCAUGGAGACGAAUGGUACUCACACACGGGGAUAUAUGAACUGAGGAAGGGACCCCUGGAGGUCGGCUAUGAUGCUGAGAUGGAGGAGGUGUCCGCUGUGGUGCCUGCCGUGUGCAAGAGGACCCGGCACAUGUCGCAGGCUGGAAGGGUCAAAGGGGAGGAACUGUGUGUGGUGUGUGGAGACAAGGCCUCUGGAUACCACUAUAACGCUCUCACCUGUGAGGGAUGUAAAGGUUUCUUCAGAAGAAGCAUAACCAAGAACGCUGUGUACAAAUGCAAGAGUGGCGGUAACUGUGAAAUGGACAUGUACAUGCGCAGGAAAUGCCAGGAGUGUCGGCUAAGAAAGUGCAAGGAGAUGGGCAUGCUGGCUGAGUUGAAGCCUUCAUCACCGCUGGCAGGCCUGCUGACAGAGAUCCAGUGUAAGUCUAAAAGGCUGCGGAAGAACACCAAGGCUUCCCCGGGGCAGUCGACCGGAGACGAGACAGAAGGGGCAGACAACACAGAAAACAAACAGGUCUCCUCUACCUCCAAACUGUCAAAGGAAAAAGUCGAAAUCACCAAAGAGCAGCGGGCUCUCAUGAAAGCCAUCGUAGAUGCUUACAACAGACAUCAAAUUCCUCAAGACGUGGCAAAAAAACUGCUGCAAGAACAGUACAGUGCAGAGGAAAACUUCCUCCUAUUGACAGAAAUGGCAACAAGUCAAGUUCAAGUUUUGGUGGAAUUUACAAAAAAUAUUCCAGGCUUUCUCUCUCUGGAUCGUGAGGAUCAGAUCGCUCUGCUAAAGGGCUCGGCUGUAGAGGCCAUGUUUCUACGCUCAGCUCAGGUUUUCAGCAGAAAGAUGCCUAACGGACACUCAGACGUUUUGGAGGAGAGGAUACGAAAGAGUGGUAUACCAGAUGAAUUCAUGACACCCAUGUUCAACUUUUACAAAAGCAUUGGUGAACUCCACAUGGUGCAGGAGGAACAGGCUAUCCUCACUGCCAUAACAAUCCUGACGCCAGAUCGGCCUUAUGUGAAGGAUCAUCAGGCUGUCGAGGGGCUUCAGGAGACCAUGUUGGAUGUUCUGAGGAAGCUGUGUGUCCUGCAGCACCGACAGGAGCCGCAGUACUUUGCUCGUCUCCUGGGCCGUCUGACGGAGCUGAGAACACUCAGUCACUACCACGCAGAGAUGCUCUCGUCCUGGAGAAUGAAUGACCAUAAAUUUACGCCGCUGCUCUGUGAGAUCUGGGACGUGCAGUGACUCACCAGCAGAGGCGGAUAAAGCAGUAACAUAGGGAUGAAAACAUGAACAUUUCAACUCUCAAGACAAAGGAAUUAAAUCCCUGCACCACCUGUUGAUGGCAUUUGUAAUGAUUCCCUGAAUGGUUUCGAGUAUGGCUUGUGUUUAUUCUGCUCAUGCAUUUAUUUUAUGAUUCACAGUCCCAACAUCUUCGUGUCUAUUGACUGUGUGAUUCAACCACCUCAUCAUUGUCUCACUGUUUAGAUGUUAUGAGAGGGUAUUCAGUGCAAAGAGGGAACUUCUUUUUGCUGUGUACAUCAUGUAAAACAUCUUGUUCAUAAGAAAUGUAAAGUUUGUUUAGAUUAUAUUGAGUUUAUAUUGGCUUGGUUUGUGUUUGAAUUUUAAAACUCAUAGUUCUAGUACAUGUACUUGCUGUAAAUACACACAAAUAGACCUUCUGCCUCAAUAAAUAAGGUUUACG